CAUUUAGUUCCUGGUUCAUCCCACCUAUAACUACUUACCCAAGUUCCGUGUGUGCGAUGUCAAUCUUGUUGUGAAAUAGCCAUGUUCACCCCUUUCGAGACUACGGCAGGUGCCUUGCUUUUGCACCUGGCUACAACCACUCUUCUCUUCGACGCAGGCGCGAUACUCGGCGCGUCUGGCCUCCUGCGCCGACUUCUGAGGAAUCCCAAGGAUGAGAUAUCGCAGUCACCCACAGGAUGGUUUUUUGGAGGCAUGAUAGCAGCUGUGGGCGUUGUCGCACUGAUGUUGCCGCAAGCUCUCCCACGUGGGAGCUUCGAGAUCAAUGCCUUGAACGUCUUCAAGGCUCUCGUUAGUGGCUCGUUGAUUGGUUGGGGAACUAAACAUUGUGGCGGCUGUACCUCUGGACAUAUGCUGUGCGGCAUUGGACGACUGAGUCCCAGAUCCUUCUUGGCAACAGCAAUCUUCGUUCCUGUUGCGAUUGCCACCUUCCAUUUUACAAAUCCUUCACUGGAAACCGCUCAAUGCAGGCCUGAUAUUCCAUGUUUUACGAUGACCUAUCCCGAUGUCAGAACGAUAGGCACAAUCACAGCAAUCAUAUCUGUCGUCGCUGUCGCGCUUAAGUCCGGUUGGACUGCGCCGUCACAAAAACUGUGCGUCAACAUCGUUUAUGGAAUGGUGGGAAUUGCGUUUGGCCUUGGUCUGCUCAUAUCCGGCAUGGCAGACUCGUCCAAGGUGCAAUCAUUCUUCGCCUUUGAGCUACAUCCGCUAAGCAUCCAGCAUUGGGACCCAAGCUUGUCCUUAAUCUUUGUGGGUGCCGUCUUACCCAACCUGAUCAAGAUCCAAUCGCGAGGGUUUGAAAGACCACCGAGAUUGGCCGCUCGUUUCUCGCUGCCGACGAAGAUGUUCAAGGACGUCGAUGUGCGUUUCGUACUUGGUGCUAUAGCCUUUGGAAUCUCCUGGGGCUGGACUGGAGUAUGCCCAGGCCCUGCAGUUAUCAAAACGCUGUUGCAGCCCGUCUGGGGAUGUUUAUGGAUGAUAGGAUUCUAUGUCGGUAGCCUCGAUAUGUUCGACACAUCAUAACAUGGAGGCUAGCACCUUGAGGGUGCGACGGUGGAAAUUUCUUUUUACGACGCUCUUGGUUUAGAUCAAAUAUCACUAGAGAUAGAAAGGAUCCUCGCUCAAGCAGACAGGGCUAUGUGUGGCUGCGGUAAGUCGAAGGUGCUCCUUCGCGUGGGGAAGCAGCCAAGUGUGUAGGUUUCCAUUCUGUACUGUUUUGGCUUUGGAGGCUGUUAGAGGAGAGGUAGCACUCAGCCGUGUCGAACCUUGUGGCCAAG